AUGUCCACAGCAAAAGGCUGUGUUGAAAGAAAAGGGUCUUCACAUUCAAAAGAAGCCGGAAGACCACAGACACCAUUAAAAGAGACAAGUCUAGAGUCCUGGACUCAGCCACAGUCACAGCGCCGAGUCACAUUUCAUCUACCAGAUGGCUCUCAGGAAAGCUGCAGUGACAGUGGGCUAGGAGACCAUGAACCCAGCAGCACCACCAGCAUGGCACAUCCAUUACCACUUGGUUUCCCGCAAGAGGAGUACUAUGAACAGACAUCACCCAACAGUCGGACAGAGGGAGAUGGCAAUUCGGAUCCAGAGUCCACUAUUGAGGUAAACCUCCAGAAAGCUCUCGCCGAAGCUUCUGAAACCUGCACGCAGGAAUGUCUCAUCCUCGGCCAUUCUGACAAUUGCUGGAUGCCUCCUUCGUUGACACAAUACCAGCAGUCCAACCCUCCUUUGCCAGCUUUCGGCUUCCAGCAAGGAUGGGGACGAGGAGCCAUGCCAGAGGGAAGACACACCCUUGGAAGGCCCCUUCCCAAGGAUGAUACUGACAAAGGCCAAGGGGGACCCAGGCCACAGUUCUACAACACUUGUGAAAGACAUUGCACUAGCGAAGACCCAGUCAAAGUCAUUCCUCUUGCAAACUUCAUCCCAGCCCAGGCAACGCCCAUGUCUGUGAAAAAUGCCACUUUGAUCCAUGAGCACCAGCUAUAA